GGCACCCGGUGCCCCGACCCGCCUGCAGGCAAGCCCGCGAUGGCGGCCAAACGCAAAGGCGGCCUGAAGCUCAACGCCAUCUGCGCCAAGCUGAGCCGCCAGGUGGUGGUGGAGAAGGGAGCGGAGGCCGAGGACAGCCCACUGCGGCCCCGGGACAAAGUGCGCAGUGGCCCUGAGGCGGGGGUGGCCCGGGCCCCCCGCAGCGAAGAGGACAAGAGGCGGGCGGUGAUCGAGAAGUGGGUGAACGGGGAAUACAGCGAGGAGCCGGCACCCACGCCCGUGCUGGGGCGGACUGCCCGGGAGGGUCUGGAGCUGCCACCCGAGGGCGUCUACAUGGUGCAGCCCCAGGGCUGCAGCGACGAGGAAGACCACGGCGAGGAGCCCCCCAAGGAUGGCGGCGUCGUGGAGGAGAAGGACUCGGACGGGGCAGCCUCCAAGGAUGAUAGUGGCCCCAGUGCCAAGCAGGCUUCAGGAGAGGCCUCCUCGCUGCGGGACUACGCGGCCUCCACCAUGACCGAGUUCCUUGGCAUGUUUGGCUAUGAUGACCAGAACACGAGGGACGAGCUGGCCGGGAAGAUCAGCUUCGAGAAGCUGCAUGCGGGCUCCACGCCAGAGGCGGCCACCUCCUCCGCGCUGCCCGCCUCCGAGGACGCCCUCAGCAAGCGGGCGCGGUUCUCCAAGUAUGAGGAGUACAUCCGCAAGCUCAAGGCCGGCGAGCAGCUGUCCUGGCCGGCCCACGGUACCACAGCCGAGGGGCGGGCCAGCAAGGAGGCCCUGGGCUCCCUGCCUGGCCUGCGGCUGCCCAGUAGCACCGCGCACCUGGAGACCAAGGCCACCAUCCUGCCCCUGCCCUCACACAGCAGUGUCCCCAUGCAGGGCCUGGUGGCCCGUGCCUCCAAGUACGACUUCUUCAUCCAGAAACUGAAGACGGGUGAGAACCUGCGGCCCCAGAACGGGAGCGCCUACAAGAAGCCGUCUAAGUACGACCUGGAGAACGUCAAGUACCUGCACCUCUUCAAACCCGGGGAGGGCAGCCCCGACAUGGGAGGGGCCAUCGCCUUCAAGACGGGCAAGGUGGGGCGCCCCUCCAAGUACGACGUCCGGGCCAUCCAGAAGCCGGGCCCCGCCAAGGUUCCGCCCACCCCCAGCCUGGCUCCUGCACCCCUCGCCAGCGUGCCCACUGCUCCCAGUGCCCCCGGGCCAGGCCCUGAGCCACCUGCCUCCCUGCCUUUCAACACUCCCGAGUACCUGAAGUCAACCUUCUCCAAAACAGACUCCAUCACCACGGGGACCGUCUCCACUGUCAAGAACGGAUUGCCCACAGAUAAACCAGCUGUCACUGAAGAUGUAAACAUUUACCAGAAAUAUAUUGCCAGGUUCUCAGGCAGUCAGCACUGUGGCCACAUCCACUGCGCCUACCAGUACCGCGAGCACUACCACUGCCUCGACCCCGAGUGCAACUACCAGAGGUUCACGAGCAAGCAGGACGUGAUCCGGCACUACAACAUGCACAAGAAGCGGGACAACUCCCUGCAGCACGGCUUCAUGCGCUUCAGCCCACUGGACGACUGCAGCGUCUACUACCACGGCUGCCACCUCAAUGGGAAGAGCACCCACUACCACUGCAUGCAGGUGGGGUGUAACAAGGUGUACACGAGCACGUCGGACGUGAUGACCCACGAGAACUUCCAUAAGAAGAACACCCAGCUCAUCAACGACGGCUUCCAGCGCUUCCGAGCCACUGAGGACUGCGGCACGGCCGACUGCCAGUUCUACGGGCAGAAGACCACGCACUUCCACUGCAGGCGCCCCGGCUGCACGUUCACCUUUAAGAACAAGUGUGACAUCGAGAAGCACAAGAGCUACCACAUCAAGGACGACGCCUACGCCAAGGAUGGCUUCAAGAAGUUCUACAAGUACGAGGAGUGCAAGUACGAGGGCUGUGUGUACAGCAAGGCCACCAACCACUUCCACUGCAUCCGCGCCGGCUGCGGCUUCACCUUCACCUCCACCAGCCAGAUGACCUCCCACAAGCGCAAGCACGAGCGCCGGCACAUCCGCGCCUCGGGCUCGGGCGUGCUGGGGCUGCCGCCCUCGCUGCUGGGCGCCAAGGACACGGAGCACGAGGAGUCCAGCAACGACGACCUGGUUGACUUCUCUGCCCUGAGCAGCAAGAACUCCAGCCUCAGCGCCUCCCCCACCAGCCAGCAGUCCUCCGCCUCCCUGGUCACCGCCACUGCCACCUCCGAGGCUGGGCCCAGUGCCACCAAGCCUCCCAACAGCAAGAUCUCGGGCCUGCUGGCCCAGGGCCUGCCUGGCUCCAUCCCCCUGGCGCUGGCCCUCUCCAGCUCGGGCCUGCCCAGCGCUGCGCCCUACUUCCCCAUCCUUCCGGGCCGGGGCAGCACCUCCCUGCCUGUGGGUGCCCCCGGCCUCAUGGGUACCAUGUCGUCAGGGACGGCAGCCUCAGUAACCCCCGACACACCUGCUCUGGCUGCCUCGGGAGCUGGCGACUCGGCCGCAGCGGCAGCUGCCUCUGUCCCGGUGCCCCCUGCCUCCAUCAUGGAGAGGAUCUCUGCGAGCAAGGGCCUCAUCUCGCCCAUGAUGGCCAGGCUGGCUGCGGCCGCCCUCAAGCCCUCUGCCACCUUUGACCCAGGAAAUGGGCAGCAGGCCACCCCUGCCAGGUUCCCCCCAGCCCCGGUGAAGCAGGAGCCCGGUGAGAGUGCUGGCGCCCCAGGUCCCCACGAGGCCUCCCAGGACCGCAGUUUAGACCUGACUCUGAAGGAGCCCAGUAAUGAAUCAAAUGGCCACGCAGUCCCGGCAAAUUCAUCUCUUUUAUCCUCGCUUAUGAAUAAGAUGUCUCAGGGCAAUCCCAGCCUCGGCAGCCUGUUGAACAUCAAGACAGAAGCGGAAGGGAGCCCCGCCGGGGAGUCCUCGCCCUUCCUGGGCAAGGCCGUGAAGGCGCUGGUUCAGGAGAAGCUGUCAGAGCCCUGGAAGGUCUACCUUCGCAGGUUUGGCACCAAGGACUUCUGCAACGCGCAGUGUGACUUCCUCCACAAGGCCCACUUCCACUGCGUGGUGGAGGAGUGCGGCGCGCUCUUCAGCACCCUGGACGGGGCCAUCAAGCACGCCAACUUCCACUUCCGGACAGAGGGAGGAGCAGUGAAAGGAAAUGUGGAGGCUUCCUUCCCGGCCUCGGCUGCUGAGACCAAACCUUCCUUGGCCCCCUCAUCCCCUCCAGCGCCUCCCAUCACCACGGCCACGGCUUCCUCUCUCGAGGGGCCCACUCCCAGCCUGGCCGCAGUGCCCUCCAGCCCCACCCUGCUCGCCUGGAAGCAGCUGGCUUCCACCAUACCCCAGAUGCCUCAGAUUCCAGCGUCAGUGCCUCACCUGCCCACUUCGCCCUUGGCAACGACUUCUCUAGAAAACGCCAAGCCCCAGGUCAAACCCGGAUUCCUCCAGUUCCAGGAGAAGUGA